AGGGAGGAAAGAGAGAGCCAGAGAGCUGGAGACACUGAAGACUCAGUGCUGGGUGAAGGACCGAGGAGAACCUGUCUCCAGCGCGCCCUGAGAGCCACUCGAGAUCUUUCGGGGAGCUCAAAAAUUAUGAAUAUGGGAUCUGUCACUGGAGCUGUCCUCAAGACGUUACUUCUGUUGUCUACUCACAACUGGAACAGAGUGGAAGCCGGGAAUUCGUAUGACUGUGAUGAGCCCCUGGUGUCUGCCUUGCCUCCGGCAUCCUUCAGCAGUUCUUCUGAGCUCUCCAGCAGUCAUGGUCCUGGAUUCGCAAGGCUGAAUCGAAGAGAUGGAGCUGGUGGUUGGUCUCCACUAGUGUCCAACAAAUACCAGUGGCUGCAGAUUGACCUUGGAGAGAGGAUGGAGGUCACGUCUGUGGCCACCCAAGGUGGAUAUGGGAGCUCCAACUGGGUGACCAGCUAUCUCCUGAUGUUCAGUGACAGCGGAAGGAACUGGAAACAAUACAGACAAGAAGACAGCAUCUGGGGUUUUGCCGGAAAUUCGAACGCAGACAGCGUUGUGUACUAUAGACUCCAGCCUUCAAUCAAAGCCAGGUUUCUGCGCUUCAUCCCUCUAGAAUGGAACCCCAAGGGCAGAAUCGGAAUGCGGAUUGAGGUGUUCGGGUGUACAUACCGGUCAGUGGUGAUUGAUCUUGAUGGAAAAAGUUCCCUUCUCUACAGAUUUGAUCAAAAUUCCUUGAGUCCAAUCAGAGAUAUUAUUUCUUUGAAAUUUAAAACUAUGGAGAGUGAUGGGAUCCUACUGCACAGGGCAGGGCCUACUGGAGAUCAUAUCAUAUUGGAGUUAAGAAGAGGAAAACUAUUCUUACUUAUCAAUUCAGGAGAAGCUAGACUGAUGUCUAGUUCCACCCUGAUCAACCUCACCUUGGGCAGCCUGCUGGAUGAUCAGCAUUGGCAUUCUGUGCUCAUCCAGAGACUGGGCAAACAGGUCAACUUUACAGUGGACGAGCACCGACGUCACUUCCAUGCCCAGGGAGAAUUCAAUUACCUGGAUCUUGAUUAUGAGAUCAGCUUUGGAGGGAUCUCAGCACCUGCAAAAUCAGUGUCAUUGCUGUAUAAACAUUUUCAUGGAUGUUUGGAGAACCUCUAUUAUAAUGGUGUGGACAUCAUUGGCUUGGCCAAACAACACAGCCCUCAGAUCAUUGCCAUGGGAAAUACAUCGUUUUCUUGCUCACAACCACAGUCUGUGCCUCUGACUUUCCUGAGCACCAGGAGUUACUUGGUACUCUCAGCAUCUUCCAAAGAGGAAGCCGUCUCAGUCAGUUUUCAAUUCCGAACCUGGAAUAAGGCGGGGCUUCUGCUCUUCUGUGAACUGCAAUUGGUUUCAGGUGGUCUUCUCCUCUUGCUCAGCGAUGGGAAACUUAAACUGAAUCUCCACCAACCAGGAAAGUCACCCAAUGACAUCACAGCAGGUGCUGGCUUAGAUGAUGGUCAGUGGCACUCUGUCUCCUUGUCUGCUAAAAGGAAUCACCUGAGUGUGGCCGUGGAUGGCCAUAUCACCCCUGCUUCUCCGUGGCUGGGGCCUGAGCAGGUUAAUCCAGGAGGCACCUUUUAUUUUGGAGGUUGUCCAGACAAAAGCUUUGGAUCCCAGUGUAAGAGCCCACUAGGUGGAUUUCAAGGCUGUAUGAGACUCAUAUCUAUCAACAACAAAAUGGUAGAUCUGAUAGCUGUCCAGCAGGGGUCCCUUGGCAACUUCAGUGACCUUCAGAUAGACUCAUGUGGCAUCUCAGACAGGUGUUUGCCCAACUCGUGUGAGCACGGUGGGGAAUGUUCUCAGUCUUGGAGCACCUUCUACUGUAACUGCACCAACACAGGGUACACAGGAGCCACUUGCCACAGCUCUGUCUAUGAGCAGUCGUGUGAAGCCUAUAAGCACCGAGGCAAUGCUUCUGGAUUUUACUACGUAGACUUAGAUGGAAGUGGGCCUCUGCAAGCAUUUCUCCUCUACUGCAACAUGACGGAAACGGCAUGGACCAUCAUACAACACAAUGGCUCUGACUUAAUGAGAGUCAGGAACACUCAUUCCGAGAACCCACACACUGGGGUUUUUGAUUACGCGGCUAGCAUGGAACAGCUGCAGGCAUCCAUUAACCGUGCAGAGCACUGCCAACAGGAGCUUGUGUAUUACUGCAAGAAAUCACGGCUUGUCAACCAGCAAGACGGAAGCCCUCGGAGCUGGUGGGUGGGAAGAACCAAUGAAACACAGACCUAUUGGGGAGGUUCCUUGCCUGUGCCUCAAAAGUGCACUUGUGGCUUGGAAGGGAACUGCAUCGAUGCUCAGUAUCACUGCAACUGUGAUGCGGAUCGGAGCGAAUGGACCAAUGACACUGGAUUUCUCUCCUAUAAAGAACAUCUGCCAGUUACUAGGAUAGUGAUUACUGACACAGGACGUCCCCAUUCAGAAGCUGCAUAUAAACUGGGACCUCUGCUCUGCCGGGGAGAUAGGCCAUUUUGGAAUGCAGCUUCUUUUAAUACAGAAGCUUCCUACCUCCACUUCCCCACACUCCAUGGAGAACUCAGUGCUGAUGUGUCCUUCUUCUUUAAGACCACAGCCCUCUCUGGGGUGUUUUUAGAGAACCUGGGAAUCAGUGAUUUCAUACGAAUAGAACUACGCUCACCCACAACAGUAACCUUUUCAUUUGAUGUGGGGAAUGGACCGUUUGAAAUCUCAGUGCAGUCACCCACUCACUUCAACGAUAACCAGUGGCAUCAUGUGAGAGUUGAAAGGAACAUGAAAGAGGCAUCACUCCAGGUGGAUGAGCUCUUGCCAAAGAUACAAGCUGCUCCCACUGAUGGUCAUGUCCUCUUACAGCUCAAUAGUCAACUUUUCGUCGGUGGGACCGCCACCAGGCAGAGGGGCUUCUUAGGAUGCAUCAGGUCUCUUCAGUUGAAUGGGAUGGCUCUGGAUCUAGAAGAAAGGGCCACAGUGACCCCUGGGGUGCAGCCAGGUUGCAGAGGCCACUGUGGUAGCUAUGGAAAGUUAUGCCGCCACGGAGGGAAGUGCAGGGAGAAGCCCAGUGGUUUCUUCUGUGAUUGCUCUUCCUCUGCCUAUGCAGGACCAUUCUGCUCCAAUGCGAUUUCUGCAUAUUUUGGAUCUGGGUCUUCUGUGAUUUACAAUUUUCAAGAAAAUUAUUCUUUAAGUAAAAAUUCCAGUUUCCACGCAGCUUCAUUCCAUGGCGAUAUGAAGCUGAGCAGAGAAAUGAUCAAAUUCAGUUUCCGAACAACAAGGGCGCCAAGCUUGCUACUGUAUAUGAGUUCCUUUUAUAAAGAGUACCUCUCAGUUAUCAUUGCCAAAAAUGGAAGUUUGCAGAUAAGGUACAAGCUAAAUAAGUAUCAAGAGCCUGAUGUUUUCAGCUUUGACGUUAAGAGCAUGGCAGAUGGGCAGCUUCACCACAUAAAGAUUAAUAGAGAAGAAGGAAUGGUCUUUGUGGAGAUUGAUGAGAAUGCACGGAGACAAACCUACUUAUCAUCAGGCACAGAAUUCAGUGCAGUCAAAUCUCUGGUAUUGGGCAGAAUGCUGGAGUACAGUGAUGUUGACCAAGAGACAGCACUGGCUGCAGCCCAUGGCUUCACAGGCUGCCUCUCUGCAGUACAGUUCAGCCAUGUUGCACCUCUGAAGGCUGCACUGCACCCUAGUCACUCAGCCCCUGUCACUGUGACAGGGCAUGUGACAGAGUCCAGCUGUGUGGCCCCUGCUGGCACUGAUGCCACAUCGAGAGAAAGGACACAUUCAUUUGCAGAUCAUUCUGGAACGAUGGAUGACAGAGAGCCUCUCACACGUGCAAUCAGAAGUGACUCUGCAGUAAUUGGAGGUCUGAUAGCUGUUGUGAUCUUUAUCUUGCUUUGUGUCUCUGCCAUAGCUGUUCGCAUUUAUCAACAGAAAAGGUUAUACAAAAGAAAUGAAGCAAAAAGGUCAGAGAACGUAGACAGUGCCGAGGCUGUUUUGAAAAGUGAGCUUCAUAUCCAAAAUGCAGUCAGUGAAAGUCAGAAAGAGUAUUUCUUCUGAUUGGCAGCAAUCCUGUAACUUGCAAGGAUGAGUUCAUUUUAAUAGCCAGGGGCUCUCGGUGGACAAGAACUGCUCUAACCCUGACCGUACAGGCGAUGGAUCUGCAGCACAGCCAUCUUGCCAUGUCCAGGCUCGGGAUGGCUCCAGGCAGCCUCCUCCAGUGAUGUGCUUCUAGCAUCUUUCUACUUAAGAAGGGAGGUAGCUAUUGGUGCCCCUUUCCAACUUCUGCACACGAUCAAAGCCAAGUUUAACUCACAUCACAACUAUGGUUUUUAAAUGUGGAAAUGGUAGCCCUUCUCUUCAUUCUGUAAAACGUGAGUUUUGUUAGACGUAAGAAAUCAAAAUUGGACUAUAAUGGCCUUGCUUUACUAGAGACCACAUGUCCUGUUUGCUUUUGUCUUCCCAUGGUGUUGUUCAUGAGCCUGGAAAUGCUUCUGAGAUUCUUUUUGGCUGGUGUUCGCAUCUUCAGUGGCCAAAAGCCCCCCUGCCUCUCUCUGUAUUACAUUCAAUACAUCAAUAAUCUGGAAAAAUGUUUUCUUGUCUUUGGCUUGUUUGUAAUGCUCUUUUUCUAUUUGACCUCUUUCUGAUACUUUUUAAUGCAUUUCAUUUUGGUUGUCUAACUUUUAACUCUGAACAUGCAAUUCCUAUAUAAAAAGCCUUGGAAAGUAUGGUGGUUGUCAGUAUGUAAUGUCAUGCC